AUGGCACUGCACUGCCAGAGCACUCCGGCCCAGCGCCUCCGCUUGGCCCAAGCGGAUGACGCGCUCGACGAUAUACGACGCUACCGGCGAAUCAUCACUGGUAUCAAGGAGUUCAAUCGGCUCAAUAUCAGCGGGACUGGGCAGCGUACCACAGGGAAGGUGCGGUCGGUCUACUCGACUUUCCAGAGCAAGAUCGAUCGCGCCGCGGAACGUUACCGUGCCGCUCGUACAGCGCUUCUCGCACUCGACCACACUGGCGGCUGGCAAGAGCGGCUCAAAGAGCUUCGCGGGGAGGAUAUUCGAGGUCCAGGACGCCCAGACGACGAAGACCCGACAGGUGAUGGUCGUUUCAUUGUGUCGUGGAUAUGGCUUGUGCCUCGGGUGUCGGGCGAGUCUCCUGUCGGUUGUGAAGACAUCAACGUCACAGAAGUCCUCGACAACAUGAAGUACGAAUGGUCUCGCAGCAAGGCACGGGCCGAGCGAUGGACGGAAGAGGUUGCGCUACUGGAGGAGGAGAUGCGGCGGAUUGUGGAGUUCUUCGAGUGGAAAGCUCGGUGGUGGCGAGAGCAGGCUACACGCCGAGGCGACGUGAGCGCGGAGCUGGCAACGGGGCUCGCCAUUUACGCAGAGAAGCAGGCAUGCGUCUUUGAAGGGCUGGCUAUGCGGUGCGUUACUUCAUGGCUACCAUACAUGGGGAAUCGCCCGGGCAAGGACGUCCCGUUGUGGCUUCAGCAGCGCGCACCGCAAAUUCAAGGCGACUCAUCAAAUGCCGAGACGACGCGGAUGGGGCUCGAUGAGGAUGCAGCGUGGUUGGAGUCGUCUGCAGAUGAGUCCUAA